AUGUUUUGCAACUACUACAGCAAUUCCUGUGACUACUGCUGUGGAAACAGCUAUGACUGUGGAUUUAGUCCCUAUUAUGGCUGUGGAUAUGGCUAUGGAUGUGGCUGUGGAUAUGGCUCCCAUUAUGGCUGUGGCUAUGGAACAAGAUAUGGCUGUGGAUAUGGCUCCUGCUAUGGUUGUGGAUAUGGCUCUGACACUGGCUACUGCAGCUACCGACCAGUUUGCUAUGGGAGAUGUUAUUCUUCUUGCUACUAG